CUCUGGGAACUCAAUAUAAAUCAAGCUCACCACUAAUUCUGUGCUUUGCUUGAGAACUUUUGUGUUGUGAAAUACCAAUGUAUUUCGAUACUCUACUAAACAACGCAUCUAAAUAUUUAACGAGUGGCUUAUGGCCAUCACAAUUCAGUAUUGGCAUAGCCAUUAAAAGGGAGACCUUAAAGAAUUCACAAUAUUAUAACCAUGGAAGCUGAAGCUCACGAAAGUAGUGCAUCCGUGUCUGCAAGCAAAAAUAAUUCUGCGGAGAUUCCAGUGCUCAAUAUAUCCGGAAGGGUCACGCCAGCAUGGAACACACCUCGCAUCAGAGGGAAAAAGAAGGCCCCGGUAGUUCUGGACGCACCUAAAGUGAAUCCGCACACAUUUCCCGUGAUAUUAAGCAGGAUUCUACUGAAGACCGAUGUUCCACCUGCAGCUCCACCUAAGUUUAAUCCAGCCGACGGCGCGCAGUACCUUUGCUUUCUGUGCCUCGAGAAGCCAGAGAGUCGUAAGCGCGUCUACCACAUGUUCAUAACGACUGAAAAGGAACUGGGAAGGAACUACGACCACACCAGGAAACUCUACGAGAAUCGCAAGGAGUUUGUAUAUACCAAUAACAUAUCCGUGGAAACAGUCUGCGCACGGGCACUGUACCGCCGAGUUCAAAAGAAGUUCACUGAUGUGCAGUGGAACAAGCUGGGAAACGUUUUUGAGACUGAUAUGAUCGGACGCACUGAUGUUUGGGGUAUUUCCCAACGAGUUUAUGCUAUGCGUAUCGAGGAGCAUGAAAGACUAUUCAAUUACAUCAAGUUUCUGAACUCAACGAGGAGCUAAUGAACAUAUUUCGGGUUUAAGCUUAAAUCAGUACCAAUUGUGAUAUCUUGUGCUUUUUAAUAUAUUAAAUCUCUUACUUGCACACUUUAA